GCAGAAAUUGUUGACGGGAACGUGAAAAUGACGCUUGGUCUAAUAUGGACUAUCAUUCUUCGAUUUGCAAUUCAGGAUAUCAAUGUUGAAGAAUUAUCUGCACGGGAUGGAUUACUGUUGUGGUGCCAGAGAAAAACAGCACCUUACAAUAACGUCAACGUACAAAAUUUCCAUACCAGUUGGAAAGAUGGUUUAGCAUUUUGUGCUUUGAUCCAUCGUCAUCGCCCGGAAUUGAUUGAUUACUCGACAUUACACAAAGGCGACCCACUGCACAACUUGAACCUUGCAUUCGAUGUGGCGGAAAAAUAUCUGGAUAUCCCAAGAAUGCUCGAUCCGGAAGGUAUGCUUUUUUCUUCACUUGAAAACAUGGCCUCCACCAUUUUGUCUGUGAGGGCGAGUAAUACAUGCUUAUGCUUGAGUUUACCGGUGCUAGACGGCUUUUAUGGAUUGUGA